GUCUGCCUUGUCGACAUCUGAGCAAUCGAUCAGAGGAGUAAAGUCCAGUUCUCGUUUGUACUCGGCCGUCAUUUUCACGUAGUUUCUGCCUCAGUCGCUGAUAUUUGAAACCAGAAUGGGAACCGACUUGACUUUCUCCUCUCGUCGGUCCCCUGUUGUGUGUUUACACGGCUGCGUGGCUUCCAGCCAACCUUUAGCUUCCAGUAUAGGACUGGAUGUCCUGAAGCGUGGUGGCAAUGCGGCAGAUGCUGCGGUUGCCAUAGCAGCAGCCCUGGCAGUAACAGAGCCGUGCAGCACCGGCCCUGGUGGAGACGCCUUCUGCUUGUUCUACAACGGAAACACUGGAGAGAUCAGAGGGAUUAACGGCAGUGGUCAUUCUCCCCGAGCACUGACCCUGGACUUCCUGGAAGGACAAGGUUACACCACAGAGAACCCUCCUUCAGUGUUUGAUGCUCUGAAUGUUACAGUCCCUGGGGCCCCAGCAUGUUGGUGUGAUACUGUGCAGCUGCUAGGAAGUCACAAGCUGUCCUUACAGGAGGUCCUGAGUGGGGCUGUGGAACUAGCAGAGGUGGGGUUUCCUGUGGCUGAGUUAACAGCUCACCACUGGGCGAACUGGGUGUCUGCUUUGAGGGAUGCUGGAAAGGAACUGGGUGGAGAAUUGAUGAUUGACGGUCAUGCGCCCAAAUGUGGACAAGUAUUCCAAAACACUGGCCUGGCUCGAACUUUGAAGGAGCUCGGUGAGCGUGGCAAGCCAGCUUUCUACCAGGGCAGAGUGGCCCAGGCCAUUGUUGACAUCAUCAACCAAAAUGGGGGAGUCAUGACCUUGGGUGACCUGAGCAGCCAUGACAGCGAGGUCAUCACCCCCAUAAGCACAGAGUACAAGGGUGUACGUCUGUGGGAGCUUCCUCCUAACAGUCAGGGACUGGCUGCCCUGCUCAUGCUCAACAUCCUGGAGAACUUUCCUCAACUCAAAGCUAAAGGCCAUAACAGCUCUGACUAUAUCCAUGUACUGGUUGAGGCUGUGCGAUUGGCUCUAACAGAUGCUCUGCAUUACCUGGGUGACUCAAGUCAUGUGACUAUCCCUUUGGAAACCUUACUGGACAAGGGCUACAGUCACCAGCAAGCACAGCUCAUCAGCACGGACAGGGCCAUGGAGCGAGUGGAGCCCGGCCUGAUGACAGGAAGUGACACGGUGUAUUUCUGCGUGAUAGACAGUGAGAGGAAUGCAUGCUCCUUUGUCAACAGCAACUAUAUGGGCUUUGGGACGGGGCUGGUCCCUAAAGACUGUGGAUUCUCACUACAGAAUCGCGGCGCUAACUUUUCCCUGUGCCGUAAUCACAUAAACUGCGUCGCUGGGAGGAAGCGGUCCUAUCACACCAUUAUACCUGCACUCCUCACCGAUUCAACAACCACAUCACAAAAACCCCGGCUCCUUGCUGCUCUCGGCGUGAUGGGAGCUUUUAUGCAACCACAAGGACACGUACAGGUGCUGUUAAACAUGAUGGAGUUUGGGAUGAAUCCUCAGCAAGCCCUGGAUGCACCUAGAGUCUAUGCAGAGUAUGACCACAAAACUGGUCAGUGGUUGGUUAACCUGGAGGAGGGGAUCGACCAGAAGGUAGCCGAGGAACUGAAAAGACGAGGACACCGUGUCAACUGGCCAGUGUCAGGCCACAAGAGGUCUCAGUUUGGGCGGGGGCAGAUCAUCGCAGUGGGGGAUUGGUGGAAUCCGUCUGUCACCCAAGGGGAUCGUCCUUCCAGGGUGCUUUGGGCAGGAUCGGAUCCCAGAGCAGAUGGAUGUGCUCAGGGGUAUUAGAAAAUGCUCUUGCCUUGUUAAUGUUGUAAUCAGAAGAUUUCAUCAUAGAACUACUUGAAAAGAAAUGCCUACAAAUGAUGUGCAGUACACAGGUUGUUAUUUGUCAGCUGAUAUUUGACAGUGAGCUUUAUAACGCUUUCAAAAACCAUUGUACCUUCAAGAAGUGCCUUAUGGAAUCAUGUUUUUAUGCUUGUGUUCAUUAGAUGUCGAGUUAAAUCACAUUUGCUGGAUGUAGAGUUUAAUAUAAAUCAGUACAACCUCAGAUUAUUUAUAAUGUGAAAAGUGACAAACAGGAAGAUCUUUAUCUUUGCUGCAUUGAUGCCAAAGAUGUCCUUCCUCAACUCUGUGUUUUGGCAGAGAUAAUUAUCUGUUUCAGUCUCUUUAAUUAGCUGGUGCUGAUUUGAAGUUUGCUAGAAGUGCAGUGUUGUUCCAUACAUAAACCUCUGUCCACAAUAAGUAGUCAUUCCAUUUUUACUCUGCUCUGAAUUAUGUACAUCAGUAUUAUAGUGUCAUCGUUAAAAAUUCUAUUUUGCAUAAUUUUGCUAUUCCUUUUUUACCGUGAAUCAUUUUCUGUUAUUG